AUGCCUCAUAUACCGCCGACCAUCGAACUUCUUGAGCAUGCGCAACUCCAAUAUAGAAGAAAGGAGUAUGUCAAAGCUAUAGACCUCCUCGAUCUGGCCAUCAAACAUGAGCCAUCACCAUCAGUGAAGUUGCUCGACACACGCGCAGCAGUCCAUGAGAAGCUUGGAGACCACAAAUUGGCGCUCAAAGAUGCGAGAACGUGUAUCCGUAUGUUUGAAAAAGACCCCACUGGCUAUCUGAGAGCAGGCAAGGUGUUGCAGAUCAUGCAAAAGACCGACGUUGCUUUGAGCAUUUACAAACAUGGAAUCAGCAAGAAAGUCAACAACAUUGAACUUCUUCAAAAGAUGCACGACAAGCUCUUACUAUCUCUGGCCCCCGACAAAGCUGCAGACCCCUUCGCUCAACUGCCUAUUGAGAUUGUCGAAAUGAUUUUGUCGUAUCUCAAUUUCCGACAGAUCGUUUACUGCACUCGCGUCUCGAAACAGUGGAAGAUAUUCAUUGACAGUUUGCCUGGCCUUUGGAUGAAUUUGGACUUUUCGGAAGCCAAGAAGCCAGUCAGAUCUGCUUUUUUGAGCCAUUGUAUCAACACAUCCAGACGUAAAGUCAUCUCCGCCACUCUCAAACAUGUGAAGGAUAUGGAGAAAGUCAUCAAAGCUCUUGCUAGAAGCUGUCCGGAGUUUAAUUCACUUCGAAUCGUUGAUGGUGGAUUACAAGGAGAGAGUCUGAUGCACAAUCUCCAGUCUGCCACCAAACUGAAGAAACUCACACUUGGUGUCUCUGCUGUCAUAUCGUCCAUGACUCUUCCUGGCCUCCUUCUAGGCUGUGAGAAUCUCGAGGAAUUUGAGUGUCGAGCCAUCAUCCCUGGCAGUCUUAACAUCCAUUGGAAAGGCGAGUUCCCCAAACUUCGUCGCUUGAAGUUGAUCAGAAAUUUCCAGUCACCAAACCGCUCGAUGCACAUCCUUCGAAUUGGCACGCUGCUGGCUCUGACGCCCAAUCUCCAAUCUCUUUCGCUCAACGAUUGGGCCACUCCCUACGACAUCCUGUCCCUCAAAGAGCCACUCAAGCAGCUGAUUGAGCUGGACAUGACAUCUGCGGUGUCCUCCGGUCCAGUCCCAUUCCCCUUCCGCGACCUCCCCCAAACUCUACGCGUGCUUCGUCUUGACCUCGACAGGACGCUCAGCAGCGUCGUUAUGUUGAGCCCAAAAGAUUUCUUCUUACCCAACCUCGAAGAACUUGUCUGCUGUAGCACUGACAUGGCCAGCCUCUUGCUGUCCGACCCAGAGCUCAUUGCAAAAUACCCCGACCCUGCAGACAACAGGUUUUUCAAGCAUGCCAAUAUCUCACGUCUCCACACUCUACAUGUGCAAUGCACUGGUGGCGCACAACCAGUGACCUCUCUCCUUGCUCUCGCUCGUUUGGAACGUCUUCGCAGUCUACGCCUGACCCACAAUUCCAACAUCAACGAUGACGUGGCAAAGCAUAUUGCUACCACCAUGAAGCAGUUACAAGACAUAGAUCUUUCCUCAACGAUGAUCACCGGUGCAAGCGUGCGUGCGCUCGUGGAUGGCUUGAAGCUGACAUUGAGAACGCUCAAAUUCGUGAAUGUCUGGCAUUGCAGUCCGGAUGCACCAGAAUGGGCAAGAGAGCAGGGAGUAAGAGUUCAGUACUCACAGAACGCCGACAUAAAGCCGAAAGGACGCAAGAUACGAUUUGAAUGA